AUGCUUCAGGAAGUUGCUCUCUCUCCACUCGACCAGUUUGCAUCUCGUGGAUAUAUCAGUCUUCUCUUUUGCUUUCCAUCUUUGGACCACACCCAUGAGAAUCUAGUGACACAAUUACAGCACGGGCUCUCCUGCUUCGCAUCGCUGUUCCCGGUCGUCAAAGGCCACGUUCAGCAGAAACUAGAGAGAGGCCACGUCAAAGUAGUUUACAGCGUCGACGCUGCCGAUCCGCCAUUUGCUGUGCGAGAUACCUCUCUGAAAUAUGAGGAGUUGCGUCAAAAGGGCUUCCCCAUACAAGGGCCUAGACACGGCUCUGUUUCUCAUGAAGCUGCGGGCUGGGAUGGCACCGUUGUAGCUGUGAAGGUCAGCAAGCUCCGAGGUGGAUUGAUACUUUGCUUCUCUGCCCACCACUCGUUUGUGAACGCUGCGGGUCUUGGGGUCCUGACGAAAUUGUAUGCGGAAUGUUGCAGUGGCAAGAUUAGACACGACUACGCACGAGUCAUGAAGCAAGACCGCGUUCGCUCUCUCCAGGGAACCGAUUUGGAAGACGCAUUGAUACAUCAUGGGAGACUCUGGAUGCCCCCAGAGCCUAAUCACUCGAGAAUACCGACUCCUGAACCCAUCUCGCCUAAAUUUGCGAAGAUAUCGAUCGCGAUGACGAUAUCAGAGGUCGCGCUUCAGCAGCUGAAGCAUAGUUGUGCCGAAAAUGCGACAGACAAGCACUCGACUUCAUUUAUCUCAGCUUUGGAUGCCGCCACGAGUUUGCUGUUCGUUGGUAUCAUGCGUGCUAGGAGCCCGUACCUGCCACCAGGAAGUAUCUGCUCUCUCAACAUCGCCGUGGAUGGACGAUCAAAGCUGGUUCCGCCGCUACCAGACGACUUUCUUGGGAAUUCCCACGCAGGAGCUAUUGUGUCAAUUCCAGUUUCUGACCUCAACUCUCAGGAUGUAGGCGUUACCAUCGGAAACGUCGCAUUCCAAAUUCGAACUGCGAUAACUGCAGUAGAUAAUCAGCUGAUACGGAGCUCAACCAGCGAAUGUUACUCCGUCCUCCCACCUCAUGGUGUCUAG